AUGGAUCGAUCUCGGGGUUUCGCGAGCUCGAAAGUGCUCUGUGGACGCAAAGCGGCGAAGAUCGCGGCGAAGAAGGGAAAGACGGACGCGGCGCGAACGAAAUUGUACGGACGGUACGGGAAAUUGAUCGUGCAGACGGUGAAACAAGGCGGGUCGGCGGAUCCGGUGGCGAACGUGGCGCUGGGGCGAUUGCUCAAGGCUGCGCAAAACGCAAACGUGCCGAGAGAUUUGAUCGAUCGAAACAUAAAAAAGGCGCAAGAGGGGAAGACUGGAGAUUAUUUUGAACUCACGUAUGAGGUGUACGGCGCGGGGGGGGUCGGGAUCGUGUGCGAGGUGCUGACGGAUAGCGUGAACCGGGCGGCUGGCGAGACGCGCGCGGCGGCGACGAAAGCCGGCGGGAAGAUGGCCGAACCGGGGAGCGUCAUGUUCAACUUCAACCGCAGAGGCGUGUGCGUGAUCGAUGGUGGUGACGAGGAACAGGUCUUCGAGAUCGCGAUGGAGUCCGGGGCCGAGGACAUCGCGCCCCGAAGCGACGGCGAGGACGGCUGGGACGUCGUGUGCCAACUCGACGACUUCGCCGCCGUGCAGGACGCGUGCCGCGACGCCGGUCUCAAGGUGAACGACGAAGAGACCGGUUUGAAGUGCAUUCCCGUCGCCGAGAUCGAGGUCAGCGACGAAGACGCCGCGAUCAACGAAAAAAUCGUCGACGCCCUGCUCGCCCUGGACGACGUCGACGCCGUCUACACGCAAGAGGCGUGA